AUGGCAAGACAGUGUGGUAGUGUUGAGGCUUUCGAAGUCGUACCUGCCCGACUUAAACGGGGAGUACGACAACGUGGUCAAGGUUCAUUCGUGACGUACAAAAUCUAUGCACCACACAUCCAAAGCCACGCCUGCAAAGCUUCGUUACCAAUGAACCCUAAAGAAAACGUACCUGACGGUACGUUCCAAAUCCUUGGCAAUACUCCACAGACAACAAGCGAUGA